UCCAUGUGGUCCAAGACCAAGACUUCCAGCAAGGCUGGCUUCGACAAAGUUUACACCUUGGUAGACAAGCUCGGUGCGCCUGUCAACCGGCUGUCGAACAAAGUCGGCUCCGAGGCCUUCUGGCCGACGACGCUUGAUAUUGAGUCUGACAAGGCUGCGCGGAUACUAAAGAGCUUCUGCAGUGACGCUGACAGCAGCACAGAGGAUGGCUUCUAUCAGGAAGAAGACCGACCCACGGGCACUGAAGGCCCCAAAGCGAAGCAGAAGGUGCUCAAGAAGAUACCCUCAGAAGUAAUCAAGAAUGCGAAAGGCCUCUGCAUAUUCACAACGAUGCGCACUGGGCUCUGGGUCUCGGGAAGUGGCGGAGCUGGUAUUCUGGUCGGGCGCAAAGAAGACGGGACGUGGUCCCCUCCUUCGGGCAUCAUGAUGCACACAGUUGGUGUUGGCUUCCUCGUCGGCGUGGACAUCUACGAUUGCGUCAUCGUCAUAAACUCCCAGAAGGCCUUGGAAGCGUUCCAAUCCGUGCGCUACACACUGGGAGGAGAAAUCAGUGCAGUUGCCGGGCCAGCCGGUGUCGGCGGCAUCAUUGAUACGGAGGUCCACAAGCGCCAGUCGCCAUUGUUCACAUAUAUCAAGUCGCGAGGCUUCUACGCCGGACUCCAACUAGACGGCACCAUCGUCAUCGAGCGCACGGACGAGAACGAGCGUUUCUACGGCGAGCGCAUUGGCGUCAAAGACAUCCUGGCGGGCAGAGUGCGCCACCCACCCUACGAGCUGAACAGGCUCAUGGAGACACUCAAAUCCGCGCAAGGCGACACAGAUGUCGACGAAUCUCUCAUCCCAGACGAAGCACCCCCUGCCGACUUCGAGGUCACAGCACCGACACAGCCAGAGGACAAGGCCUUUGGCAUACCUGCUGACGAUGACCCGGACCCAUUUGGCCUGCUAGCACUGCAGUCAGCUGGACUGGAGAUCCGAGAAGCUGGCACACACAACGUUCCAACGAGCGAACAAUUUGAGUUCAGGCCUAGCCCUACAAGCCCCAUCUUCUCGACAUUCAGAAAGAGCACGGAUAGAUCCAGUAUAGCAGCAAGUCUGGCACCUAGCAGGCGCUCAAGCUGGCGAAGUAGCACUUUGAGCAGUGUCUUGGGAGGAUCGCGGCCCAGGAGCAAUUACGCAGACUCAAGCACGCAAACAAGUUACGCCGACUCCAUACCCCCGCAGCUGCCACCGCGAACGCUGCCAAGAUCGAAUGAUGCACGCACGCCAUCGCCGCCGUUGGCAGAUAUCCCCGAAACAAAUGUGCAGGAAGCUACACCGCUAAAGAAGGUUGCGCCUGAGCCCAUCGAGCAACCAAAACCGAGCAGUCCGCUGCGCAAAUCCAUCGAGGUCGAUGAUGACGAGAAGAAGUUCGAGCUUGGAAAGGACACCGAGAAGGAUGCAUUGAGGAAGGUCGAUGACAACGAGGAGAAACUCGAUGAGAUCGAACUCGACUCUGAAGAUGAAGAAGAGGAAGUCGUCAUCCACGAAGUCCACCAGGCCGCGGCUCCUCAAGUCAUCAACCGCGCCCGCAUCAUCCAGGUCGCGAAACCUGUCGCACCCAUGCUGCCUCCUCGCAACCCCUUCCGCAACAGCCGCAACCGAAACAGCACUACUUCUGAGGCCUCGACCGAGAGGGGCAUGGAGGAGAAGCCUAGCCCGACUUCGACACCAAGCUUGAGGCACGGCGAUUCCACGUCUUCCCUUUCAAGCAUUGAGGGCGAGGGCCUUGCACAUAUUAGUGCAAGAUUCCAGCCUAAGUCCGCCGAGGAGCAACAGAAGAAGAGUGAGGAGAAGCAUGAUGACUUCCACUCGCUGCCGGAGUCACCUGUCAAGACCGUCCCCGGUGCUUUCUGA